GGUUACUUGGGGCAGAAGUCGGCCACCAACUGGCAGAACACCCAGGUCAGGUUUACCGAUCACUACCUUCCUCUGACGCAGAGAUUGUUCUCGUAGUUGUUUAGCAACAUUGAGGAGUGUUGUGAAAGGUAAUCGGAAUGGCACCGGUUGGCGCACAGUAUGUUCCAGCUCACCGCAUGGCCUCGGGCUCUUCAAGCCGCAGGCCUGAACAUGCCCGCUUGCACCCACUUGAUCAUCCUGGGCGUGCCCCUGCCCCAAACUACCACAGUUUGGACAUGGCAGGGCCCGCUCUAACUGAUCUACUAAGCCGCCCUUCUGAGGCUGUCUCUAUCAAUAUCCCACGUGUUGGUUCUUGCCCGUGGUGUAUGGUUGGUGACACCACCCGGGUGUUUCCCUUGUGGAGCAAGUGGGUAGCCUGCUUGUGCUUUCCCCUCGGCCUGAUAGCCCUAUGCCUCAAUUACGAGGACCGUUGCUCAUUCUGUGACUACGUGUCGACCCAUUAAGGCUGAAAUGACCGUCCAGUAGCGUGCAACUGGACGGUUUCCCUGAAAGAUGCCUCUUGAAACGGCUCUUGUUGGACCGUCAGGGAUAAAAAAAAAAAGUGGAUAAAAUUUAGGUUUUAGGGCUUGCAUUUUUUAAAAGUGAAUGUCUUGACAUGUCAUAUUUUAUUCAACUAUAUAAUUUAAGUAUUUUUAUAACUUUUAAUUUUCUAGUUUAAGCUCUAAACGUAAUAAAUUUUAUCUAAA